AUGAGCUCCAUGAUUCAGCCUGACGAGGUCCGAGUCGACCAUGACGCGGCGGCAGCGACUCGGAAACAGGCCAAUGCCACUGUCGCUCGAUCGAAUGUCGACAAUCUUCGAGAUGACCCUGAAGCUAGGGCAGCGUUCUUGUCAACGUUCUCAGCCGACGAAGAGCGCAGCGUUUUGAACAAGAUCGACAAGAGGUUCUUGAUUAUUAUUGGUUUCAUGUACAUGAUCAAACAGAUUGACCAAAGCAACGCGGCAAAUGUUCGUGUUCUUCAGGUUGGCGAAUCUCGAAACAUCAUGAAGGAGCUUAGUAUGACUUCUGACCAAUACAACUGGGUUGGGUCCAUCUACGGUAUUGCAUAUAUCGUGUUUGAAGCGCCAAGCAAUCUUCUUCUCAAGCGCAUGAGUCCGCAUCUGUGGCAAUCUCGCAUCUUCCUUACGUGGGGAAUCAUUACCGCAUGCCAUGCCGCGGCACAGAAUCGGCACCAGCUUUAUGCGAUGCGCUUCUUACUAGGAAUGUUCGAGGCGGGCAUGUUUCCAGGAGUCAUGGCCCAGCUAUCCAGCUGGUACCGCACCGAUGAAAUCGGCAAGCCCGUGACUUGGUUCUUCGCGACCUCGAACCUUGCAGGCAUCAUCGGGUCUCUGCUCUGUUAUGGCAUCAGCUACAUGAACGGCAUCGGUGGUCUCAGCGCCUGGAGAUGGGUAUAUCUACUCGAAGGGCUAGCGACGAUCGUUUUCUCAGGCGCUGUGUUCUGGUACUUACCCGAUUACCCAAAGUCUCCCCGAAGCGACCGAUGGUUUACCAAACGCGAGCAAGAGUUCAUCGAGGCUCGACUGCCAGAGAACGCACCGCUCACCAACGAUCCAGACUUCUCCAAAAAGGAGAUCUUUGCGGUGCUGAAGACCCCACUCAUUUGGUCUUUCAUGUUAUCACAAACUUUGAUCAACAUUGGCGGAUAUGCGCUGACGUGGUAUUUGCCGACGAUUGUCACCAACCUGGGGUUCGUGGGUCUGCCGAAGAACCAGUUGCUCAACAUUCCACCAGCUGCAGCUGCCAUCCUUGGUCUCAUUUUCUCAGCCUGGUUCAUGUCGAAGGCCUACAUCGUCCGACCCGCACUUAUCAUGAUCAUCAUGUCAGGCAUGGUUGUAUGCUUCGUCCUCUUCUUCACAAUUACCAACCGUUACGGAAUCUACAUAAGCUGCAUCCUCGGCACGCUCUUCUAUCAGUCAUACUUCAUUCCUUUCUGGGCAUGGAGAUCAGCCACACUGUCCGGGUCAACAGGCACCGCGUUCACUUUGGGGUUGCAGUCGGGCAUUGCACAGCUUGGUGGUGUCAUCGGCCCGCAGCUAUUCCAAUCCAGGUUUGCAUACAACGGGUACAAGACAAGCUUUGCGAUCGCGGCCGCGACGACAAUCGCGUCUUUUGUGGGUAAUUUGUGGACCUGGUGGUUGACCCGAAACACUGAGUACGAUGUGAUGAGGGUAAGAAGAAAGAUAUUGAAGGCUAGAAAGCUUGGAAGGGUCAACUUCGACGAUGAUAUACGUGUCUUUGAGGAAAGGCGAUUUUAUGAUGGGAUUAAGCGCAACGGCAGAGAUGAAAGCGAAGCAAGCUCGCAGGCAUGA